CACUUCGUUAUCCAAUUCCUUCUUCCUCACCAUAAAUGCCAAUCCCAAGCAAGACCGAUUGAUUACCAAAAAACGGAAAAAAUAAAAAUUGACAGUCAAUAUCUAGGUACUGGGGCAAACAUUUUCUAGUCAUGCUCACUCUUUCCACCUGCACCGCAAGUGGCAAUGCAUUACAUUUAUAUCAGCCAUGUCUUUCUCUUUCUUCCCAAUAUCAGUUAUCAGGUUCAAAUACAUAUAUAGCAUUUAAACAAUCAAAACAUGCUUAUAAUUCAUUUCCCACGUCCCAGAUAUGUUUAGCUGCCCAAAAGCGAAGUGCCCGCUUGUUAACUGUGAUCUCUGCAUCGGCCAAGACAAUAAAAUCCCCAGCUGAAGAAGAGUGGAAGACCAAACGGGAAUUCUUGCUGAAGAAGAAGGUGCGAUCUGUGGAAGUCAAUGAAGCAUUCAGACUUCAGAAAGAAAAUGGAUAUGUUGUUCUAGAUGUGCGUCGAGAGGCAGAAUUCAAAGAAUAUCAUCCAGAAGGAGCUAUAAAUGUGCAAAUUUAUAGACUAAUAAAAGAGUGGACGGCAUGGGAUGUUGCUAGACGUGUUGCAUUUGCAUUCUUUGGGAUUUUUCAAGGCACUGAAGAAAAUCCAGAGUUUCUUGAAGAAGUGAGAUCAAAACUGGAUAAAAACUCCAAAAUCAUAGUGUUAUGCUCACAAGGUGGUACCAUGAAGCCUUCUGCAAAUUUCCCGGAAGGUCAGCAAUCAAGGUCUCUCAUUGCUGCCUAUUUGUUGGCACUUGAUGGCUACAGUCCUAUCUUACAUUUGGAGGGUGGUUUGUAUGCAUGGGGCAAAGCAGGUCUACCUGUCAGUAAUGAGGAAUAAUGGUGUUUGUCCAUGGAACAAAGAUAAUUGGCAUCCUAUAAGAUUAUUGUAAUUUGUGGGAUGCAGUGGAGGUCAACUAGAUUUUGAUGAUUUCAAAAAGUUAUCCUUAAAUAACUAGGUUUUGGCUUUAACCAAGAUCUAGCCUUGUUGCACCAUAGUCAUUAAUCUAGAUGCUGUAUUCCUUUCUUUUUGGAUCAGAAACGGUGGAUAUCUGAUAUCUACAACGAUUUUUCUCAUUUCUAGCCUUAAUUUCUUCUUUCCAGUUUUGACAUUUUCCCCUUGUAAUUGCUUAUGUUAGUCUGGAUAACUGAUUUUUUUCGAUAUACUUAAUGGAGAAAUCAAUCACUGUAAACACCAAUGCUAUCUUAUGGUGAGAUGCUCAAUUUUUGAACUACAGCUAAAAUUGUCCUCUAAA